AGCAGCGUUUCCUUUCCAGCUGAGCUAAUUUUCAACUCAUGCGUUGCUGUAGAUAGGGCUAGUCUUUGAGCUGUAGAUCUACACCACGUGCUGUGUGUUAUGGUCAUGCUUAUGAAACGGUAGAUAAGGCGCGCGCGCGUGUGUGUGUGUGUGUGUGUGUGUGUGUUAUAUCAGUUAUAUCAGAAGGCAGCAGCAUGUCUUUUUACAGAAACGCGGUUUGGUUUGUGAAAGGUCUGCAGGAAUACACCAGGAGCGGCUAUGAAGCGGCUGCAAAACAUUUCGUAGCUUCCGAUCUGGAGGUCGAUGUAAGCGGCAGGUCUUUUAUCAUCACAGGCGCCAACAGCGGGAUCGGGAAAGCAACCGCCGUGGAAAUAGCUAAACGAGGUGGUACGGUGCACAUGGUGUGUCGGAACAAAGAUCGCGCGGACGAGGCCAGGACACACAUUGUGGAGCAGAGCAAAAAUGAGAACGUGCACGUGCACAUUGUGGACAUGUCGAGCCCCAGAGGAUUGUGGGAGUUUGCCAGCUCGUUCACUCAGAACCACAGCGUGCACGUGCUGAUCAACAAUGCUGGGUGUAUGGUGAAUCAGCGAGAGUUGACCGAGGAUGGCUUGGAGAAAAACUUUGCCACCAACACACUUGGAACGUUCAUCCUGACCACAGCGUUGAUUCCUGUGCUGAAAAAGUCCCAGGACCCAAGAGUGAUCACGGUAUCGUCAGGAGGAAUGCUGGUUCAGAAACUCAACCUUGAUGAUCUGCAGUUUGAAAAAGGCACUUUCGAUGGAACCAUGGCUUACGCACAGAACAAGAGACAGCAAGUGAUAAUGACAGAAGUUUGGGCGCGUCAGCACAAAGAGAUUCAUUUCUCAUCCAUGCACCCGGGCUGGGCCGACACACCAGCGGUGCAGUCGUCCAUGCCGGAUUUUCACGCCAAAAUGAAGAACAAAUUACGCACAGAAGCACAAGGAGCCGACACCGUGGCGUGGUUAGCUGUGGCUGACGCGGCCGCGAAACAUCCCAGCGGCCUCUUCUUCCAAGACAGAACACCAGUGUCCACACACCUGCCUCUGGCCUUCACCAGAUCCUCUGCCUCCGAGGAGGACGAGCUGAUGAACAGGCUGGAGCAACUCAGCGCACAGUUCAAGCCGCGUCUUACUUCAGGACUCUAACCAAAGAACGAACACUCGUCCGGAUGCAAAACCUGAGUCUGUGUUUGUAUGAGCAGUAAUCAGAAAUAUGGAGGUAUGGAAUGUGCCAUCACAAAGCUGUAAUGCUUCCUGGCCCAUUUCUCAAACACUUAAUUCUCACUUAAUUCUACUCGGAUUUAUUUUCCUGUUCAGCACACUGACUUACAGCCUUUAUUAACCAUAAAACUUACUCCAUGUCAAACUUACAAUCUAAUAUGAAGUUGUUUACAUUUCGAGUUAUUGAGUUUAUUGUGAAAAUUAAUCAAACAUAUAUUAAAGUAUAUCUGAAAAUAUAUACAUUAAAAUCAUGUGCUGUUGAAGUACGUAACAGAUUUUUUUUUUCUUUUUUUCACUUAAGAAAUGUAAUAAAUAUUUUAAAAAAAUAAAUAAAUAAA